GGGAAGGGUAUUUUUGCACUCAGAGAAGAACCUGAGAGGAACCUGGACACAAGGAGCAUGGGUGUCUUUACGUCAGGCACUGAUAUCUUCCUAAGUCUUUGGGGGAUGUAUGUAUCUCCAAAAGGCCCUGGAUGGAUGGACUUUAUCCAACAUUUGGGAAUUUGCUGUCUGGUUGCUUUCAUCUCAGUGGGCCUCCUAUCUAUGGCCUUUUCCGGGUUUCUGUCCUCAUUCAUAGCCUUCAGCUCCUCGUGGUUAAUCACCUGUGCUCUGCUCUGCUGCUCCAAGCAUGCACGGUGUUUCAUUCUCCUCUUCUUCCUCUCCUGUGGCCUGCGGGAGGGCAGGAAUGCUUUGAUUACCGCUGGCACCGGGAUAGUAAUCUUUGGACACGUGGAAAAUAUUUUUCAUAACUUUAAAGGUCUCCUGGACAGCAUGACUUGCAACGUAAGAGCCAAGAGCUUUUCCAUACAUUUUCCACUUUUGAAAAAAUAUAUUGAAGCCCUUCAGUGGAUUUAUGGCCUUGCCACUCAUCUGAGUCUAUUUGAUGACCUUAUUUCUUGGAACCAGACUCUGGCAGUCUCUCUUCACAGUCCCAGCCAAGCCCUGGAGGCACAGCUAAAUGACACCAAAGGCCAAGUCCUGGGUGUCUUGUACCAGAUGGUGACAGCGACCGAGGUACUGUCUUCCCUGGGGCGGCAGCUCCUUGCCCUAGCAGGGCUUUUGCUGGUGCUACUUGGCACUGGCCUCUUCAUGAAGCGAUUCUUGGACCCCUGUGGUUGGAAGUUUGAAAAUAUCUUCAUCACCAAACAAUUUGUUCAGUUCGAUGAAAUGGAGAGGCAGCUACAGAGGCCCUGUGUCCUCCCACUGAAUAAGAAGGAAAGGAGGAAAUAUGUCGUCAUCCCAUCUUUCCGGCUGUCUCCUAAAGACAGGAAGAACCUGGGGCUGUUUUGCCUCCCCAUUCUUACCCACUUCUACAUCUGGGUGCUCUUUGCAGCCAUAGAUUAUCUUCUGUAUCAACUCAUUUUCUCAGUGGGCAAACAUUUCCAAGGCUUGCCGGGGCUCGAGGUCCACUUGAAACUGCACCGAGAGGAGCAAGGAACUCAAGACAUCAUACAUGAUUCUUCCUUUAAUAUAUCUCUGUUUGAACCCACCUGCAUCCCUGAGCCAAAGCUCCUUCUGUCUAAGACCUGGAUUCCUCUCAGCAUUAUCCUUGUGAUACUGGUGGUGCUGGGUCUGCUGUCCUCCAUCCUGACUCAGCUUAAAAUCCUGGUGUCCGCGUCCUUCUACCCCACCGUGCAGAGAGAGCGCAUCCGGCACCUGCAUGUGAAACUCCUGAAGAAGAGAGCAAAGCAGGCACAGAGAGAAGGAAACAGUGAACAGAAUCUCUACUUUACAAAGAUGGACUUCUGGCUUCCAGUCCUGAAAACGAUUAGGAAGAAACCAAUGGGCACGGCAGGUGAAGACAAACCGUAAGAGACUCCAAGCAGCUCCUCGGCCACACCGCUCUGGCAAUCCCCCUGGGGUCUGCUGGUGCAGGUCCCUAGUCCUGCCCGGCAGCAGAGGACUGUAUAGCAGUUUCUCAGAGGUUUGAAUUUGAAGGCCAAACCACUUUUCUUCAUAAGACCAAAGGGCUACCAGGUUAAUGGCUUUGUCAUCUGUCUUCCAAACAAAGCACAUGAUAUGGACGAUGUCACAGUGUAACAGAAUUAUAACCAGACCCCUGAAGGGUGAGUUUUAGCAUAGACUAAUAUUCAAAGAAAAAAAAAACAGAACAAAAAUUAGAAAAAAAUCAAAAUCUCCACUGCCGACUUACAGGGAGAACAUAACACAUAAAAUGCCAUGAAAAUAUCUUUAAACUCUUCUGUCCCUUCUCUGCCCUUUUAAAUAUCUUUCAUAGCUAUUCCCUACACCCAGAACUAUCUCCCUGUCCUUAUUCAAAAACCAAAUCCUUUUUUUUUGAAACUCAUAUCUAGCAGCUCCUAAUUUCUCUUUAUCACUACCUGGGUUCUUACCCUCUUCUUUCCUGGAUUGCUUUUGGGUUUUUCCCCUCUUCUACCAAAUCUUCUCUCUGGUAUUUAUGACAGGGUCGCCUCAGGAGCACAUGUUUCCAAAUCACAGGAAAUGCUUGUUAAAUUGCCCAUCUUGGGCCACUUUUUCCUACGCUCAAUGUAGACCAUACAGUAUAUAGAGGGCUAUUUUCCCUAAACUCCAAACACCCAUGAGGGGAAGAAAAAAAAACCUUCUCAAAUAUUGAUUCCAUUAUCUUGAAAGCCCCUGAAUGAGAAAGAAAUAAAGAAGCAUUUAUUUUUUCUAGUAUUUUAACUCUUCAUUUUGAAAACUGUUCAGACCUCCCAAAAAGUUGCAAAUCGUACAGAGUUCCAUUUACCCUCCAUCCAUCGUCCCCAACAUUAACAUCUGAUAGAAGUGUAGUACAGUUAUCAAAAUUCGGUGAGCAAUCAUGAAAAAAUGGAUAAUGCACAGCACUUACUGAGUACACGCCCUUUGUCCCACUGACAUUCCUUUUCUGAUCCCUGAUUCAGUCCAGGCUUCCAUGAUGCAUUAGUUUCUUAGUCUCCUCCAAUCAGGGUCAGUUCUUCAGUCUUUUUCUUUUAUGACCUUGAUACUUUUGAAAAGUAUUGGCCAGUAAUUUUGAAAAAUGUUCUUUGACUUGGGCUUGUUGAUGUUUCCUUGAACAAUUUCUCUAGAUAAUGUAAUUUUGGCAAGAACACUGCAGUAGUGAUGAUGUGGGCUCCUCAGGGUCCCCUAGUACCAGGGAGCACAUGGUGUUGGCGUGUCUCAUUACUGACAAGGUCACCUUUCAUCAUUUAGUUAAGAUGAAGUCUUCCAGAUUUUUCCAUGGUAAAAUGGUUGUUUUCCCCUUUUUAAUUAAUAAGUAUACUGUGGGGAAAUACUUAGGUCAUGCAAACAUCCUGUUUCUCAUCAUAUAUUGUUAGCAUCUGCCAAAGCAGAACACCAGUGGGUCCAAACAGUGAUUUUCUUUCUUCAUUAUGUCUUUUAUAUUUCUUCAUUGGAAUUCUCACUAUCCCCGGAGAGAAUUAUUUUCUUCAAAGCCUAAUUUUUUGUUUUGGGCACCAGAGCAGGUAUUCUCUAUAUAUGAUCUCAUUUAUGUUUCAUAAUUCUGUGAGGUACGUGUUAUUAUUUCCAUUUUAUAGAUCAGAAUACUCACUCUGAAACCCCGACUUUCACUGGCUGGCGGGG